CGUCAUCUUUUAUUUAAAGAAGACAUGGUUCAACAGCCUUAACAACCAUAAUGUUGGCGAGGCUUUUCCUCUAUCGAUUUACAUUUUGAAUCGAUAUUCUCUCCGACAAAGAAGGCAAUCGCAGUUGUUAAUUAUAAGAUUAAUUUCCCAGUGGUUUUUUUUUGCGUGAAAAAGGAGUCCAGCAGAUCUCAUUGUUACAUGAACUGUUGAGUCUCGUUACGUUGCGUGACUGCCCUAAAGCGACGCCUUAUCACUUUAAUUGGAUUCGUUCCUGGCAGAAAUAUGUUCCAACACAUGGACCUCUUUUAAAUCUUUUGCCUAGUUAUAGUUAUUGUUAGAAAAAAAAAGAAACCUUUUCCUUAUUUCAGCAAUAGUUACAUCGGUUCUUUCAAUCGAAAUCGUCUCUACAAUUUGUAGUUGCCACACCGUAAAGUUUCACAACUAUUGCAGGAAAAGCGCUUCAAACUCAAAAUCUUAACAUUUUUUCUCCUGCAAAAAAUGAUGUGUUAUGCUAGGACUUAUUUGUUUCAAGGAACGUUUAAUUGAAAUGCAUUAAUUGUUUUCAUAUUGGAGGUAAAAUCCAGGUAGUUCCGCAUAAUUUUUUACCCCAAACACCUAGCAGACGAAAAUUUCCCUUGCGGAAUCCAAACAGCAGCAUGGGAAACACUGCUGGCCGACUUAGGAUUUCUUUUGGAUCAAAUUUAGAACUCUCGGUAUGAAAUCCUAUUGCCAAUAUUUCACCCUUGUACAGAUUGAGAAUUAAAGAAUGUAAAUCGUAUUGUUCAUUUUCACGUCCCAAGUCUACCUCCCAGACUCAAGAGGAAAGCACUGGGACGACGUAAACAACGUUUUUAAUAAUCUGAAACUGCCUAGUACUUAGUAGUCAUGGGGAACGAUACGUUAGAGACUGUCCAUAAAACUCUCCAGGAAAAAUUUGGGCAUACUGAGUUUAAGAGUACCCUUCAAAAAGAUGCAGUGUUGGCUGCAAUCCAAGGGUCAAGUGAUGUUUUUGUGUCAAUGCCGACUGGUUCGGGAAAAUCACUUUGCUACCAGCUCCCUGCUGUGAUAAAAGAAAGAUGUGUUGCUGUAGUUGUAUCACCCUUAUUAGCAUUGAUAACAGAUCAAAUUGAACAUUUAGUAAAAAGAAAGAUUGUAGCUGAGACUAUCAACUCCAAAAUGCUUGCAGAUGAUAGAAGUAGGGUCUGUAAUGACUUGAAAACAAAGUGCCCCAACACUCAGUUGUUGUACAUUACUCCUGAGCAGGCUGCUACUAGUAGUUUUCAGGAAAUUUUGGCUCAUUUACAUAAGCAUAAACAGCUUUCUUACUUUGUGGUUGAUGAAGCACAUUGUGUGAGCCAGUGGGGGCACGAUUUCCGACCUGACUAUCUAAAAUUAGGAAAACUUAGAGAAAAGUACAUGGAUAUCCCUUGCAUUGCGCUUACGGCCACUGCAACGGCCCAGGUUGAAAAAGACAUUUACGAGCAACUCUCUCUUAGAGCCCCUGUAGCUCGUUUCAAAACCUCCUGUUUUCGGCCAAAUUUGUUUUACGACGUCGUGUUUCAGAAUACGUCCGCCGACCCGGAAACGGAUCUAGCGCUCUACGCCUCUGAAUGGCUAGGAGAUAAUUGGGAAACUCAACCUUUAAAAAUCCGACCUUGCGGCAUUAUUUACUGUCGGACACGCGAAACUACUGGUACCCUGGCUGAAAUUCUUACCACCAAGGGUGUUCCUACGAAAGCUUAUCACGCUGGUUUGAAAGACAGAGAGCGUGCAGCCGUCCAAGACGAGUGGAUGACGGGAAAGAUUCCUGUCAUUACAGCCACAAUCAGUUUCGGUAUGGGAGUAGAUAAGGCAUCAGUGAGGUUUGUGGCGCAUUGGUGUAUGCCACAGAGCGUUGCUGGUUACUAUCAAGAAUCCGGACGAGCUGGCCGCGACGGAAAGCCUGCCGGCUGUAGAAUCUUCUACUCUCGUAAAGAACGUAAUUCUGUCGAGUUUCUUUUGAAGCAAGACCUGGCCAAGAAGUCAAAAAAAGGAAAAAAAUACGAGAAACAAGCACAGCUUACCAUGAAGAGCUAUGAAGCAAUGGUUCGCUAUUGCGAAACCCCCCAAUGUCGUCAUGGGGUAUUCUCUUCGUAUUUUGGUGACAAACCACCAGAUUGCAAGAAAAAGUGUGAUUUCUGCCUAGAUCCUAAGGAUACCGAACAAAAAACUCAAGCCUUCUUCUCUUCCGACGUUGGGAAAAUUCCGUCUCUUAACUUGUUUGACGACGACAGUGAUUUAUACGGUGGCGGGCGACGCGGGCAGGAGAAGGAAGCGGAUUACUAUCGCAAAAACAAAGAAGAAAGUGGAGCAAAGAAAGACAAAAAUUCUUUAAUUGCGAAACAAUUUUCAAUUCGACGAGGGAGUGGCGGUAGUGACGAUGCACCGCAAAUAACGCCCGAAGAACUUGAAGCUAUUCGAAAAUCAGUGUUAACAGCUGCUGAAUCUACCUCAAUCAAAAUAGCAGGUUUGAAGAUCACUAGUCGCGAAAGCUAUUUCAAGCUGCUGCAAGAGGCAUUAUGGAAAAACUAUGUUCAAGCCCGAAAAGUUGAACCCGAUCUGCCAAACCUCAGUGAAGAUGAAAUAAUGCUCCGUGCAUUAGAAAUCGAAUACGCGGUUUUCUCGGCUACAACGGUUAUAACAAUAUAUCGCCGUAAAAUGACGUUGCUCACAAGCGAGAUUAAAAAGGAAACGGACAAGUUUAACUUGUAUGUGCAUGCACCUGAAGCUGCUGUUGCAGUUUCCGGGGCUUCCUCUGACCUGGAUACAGAAAACAGUAGUUCCAGUUUCGUCAAAGCUUCCGAAAUGAUGUUAGCAACUCCAGCCGUUGCCGAAGAUAAACCGAUAAAACUCGAAGUUGUUCAAGACUCCUCAGUUCAAACUCCUGCUUCGCCGGUGGGAUCGAGUUUAUUUGGGAAAAAGCGGGUCUCUAGACUCGUAGCCAGUGAGAAUGGUAUUGUUCCGUUCUCCACGCUCCCUCCUCCUCCGAAACCUGCAAGCUCGGAGUCAGACCUUAUAGCCAGAGCUAAAGAAGUGGAAGCACGGUUGUCAACCCAAUUAAGCUUUAUGAGCAAGUCUACAGGCGCGGAUUUGAUAGUAAAGCAACCAGAUUCAACAAGUGGCCUAGAUCGUUCGAAUAAAUCAAGAAAUGGUCCGGGGAAGGAGUCACCGAAAACAUCUUCGAAGCGAACCUCUUACAAGUCUUCCAAACGCUCGCUUGAGAGCCAGACUAGCCUAGAUCGCUUUUUUACCUCCAAGAAGCAACGGUUGGAGUCGCAACCAGAUAAUUCAGAAAUUGACACGUCAGCGACGGCAACGGAAACAGAAAAACCGACAAUUCAGCCUACCACUGAAACAACCACAAAGGAGAAACACAGCCAUCGACAUGAAAAACCAAUUAAGCUUGAGCCUGGCGUCACACCCUCUAAAACUGAAAAGCCUAAAAGUAGUAGUGGAGGAAGUAGUAGUAGGUCCGAUGAAAAAAUGAAACCGUCCUCGAAAGACGAUCAAGAAAUAAGUUCGUCACUCACUCCUGUGAAGAAAGUGGAGAAGCCAAAAAGCAGCAGCAGCAGCUCUGCGGAGAAAUCAAAAAGCAGCAGCAGCUCUGCGGAGAAGUCAAAAAGCAACAGCAGCUCUGCCGAAAAGUCAAGAGGUAGCAGCGCUUCUUCAGAAAAGCCAAAAAGUAGCAGCGGCUCUGCAGAAAAGCCAAAAAGCGGUAGCGGUUCUGCGGAGAAAAAGAAAAGUACGUCUUCUCCAGACAAAAGCAAGCAAGACAUAGCGAACUUGGUAAUACGAUGCCUUAUGCCUCAUUAUGCUGAGAAAAAAAUCAGUUCACGCGACCUGUUUAAGGCAUUGGCUCGUCAUUUGUCGCAUGUUAUCCGCAGUCUGACCCCUCCGCUGACAAGCGAAACUGACGUAAAAGAAUUUAUUGAAAAGUUCUUCCAAGAACGAGGCGGAAAGAUUAAUUCAGAAGAGGAUUUUAAGUAAUACUUUAAUUGGGUUGUAAUAUUUAUCUACAUCACGCAUACACACACAUACACAAAAGAAAGCAGGAACGGAAUUAUUGACAAAUUAAAUUGCACGUAUGAAUGGGAGAAGCCCUCGGACGUCGGACAGGAAAAAACGCUAUGAUGUAUUUCUCCCAAUCUGAACACAAAUCAAGCUCGUGUAUGAUGAGAGAAAAACCGCCACAGGCCAUUACAAAAGAAUCUUCAAGCUGUUUGAACUAGAGGGUCCAAGUUCACUACAUCUGAAAAAGGAAUGAGAACAAAGAGUAUUUUUAAAAAUGUUUAAAAUUUGGGGGGGGAAGGAUAUAGGUUCUGCAAUCUUACGAUAAGGAUUAUUUUCGAGACGAGUGUUUUCAGCGCCACCUUCCUCCAUCCAGCGUUGGCUUCUCACGCCCAACAGCGAGUCCUCAUCUUCAUCCAUAUGUCGUUGUGGAAAGGUUACUCCAUCACCCAUGCUAAAUCAAGACAAAGAGGAACUCAAGAAAUUAAAGCGGGAACAACAGGCAUGAAAACAAAAAUACUGAAAAGCGUACUUCACAGCUAUCUCCGUCGUGUGCUGAGGGUCGGGAUUAUGAGAAGACAAGGUGUGAGCAGUAGCAAGAGGAGAGCUAGUUUCCAUAGAACUGUAGAUUGUGGUGGGCGUGGAAGCUACUAUAGGCGUGGCCAGAUGACAACUUUUAUAAAUAAUGCCAUCGCCCAAACUAAAAAUGUUUAAAAAAAAAGAUGGAAUAAAAGAAAAGCAAACAGUAGCCAAAUAAGAUGAGAAACAAAACAAUAAGCAACUCUAACCAAAUCAAUCGCCUUGUCUACAGGGAAAACAACAUCUACUUUCAUACUAGGUAAUCCCUGAUUAAAUACAUGUAUGCACUACACAGCCAGUAUCCUAAAUCAGAAACAUGAAGGAUCCGGCUCCAUGGACUACAGAACGAAAAUGAUGAAAACAAAUAAUAACGCAACCAAAAUAUAAAAAGCAUUUGUUCCCAGAUCUGCGGAAUUUAAGUACAUCAAGCCAAGCGUUAAAAAGAAAAGAGUUUGAUAUCUACCUUGUAAAUAUUGGUAGAAACCAAUGGGAUUUUCUGUCACCGAAUACUUCGACGAAGUUGUUAUACUUUCCUAGGUUGAAGCCGUCCUUAUCAGGGCCACUGCGAAAUAUGGGCGCACGGAAAGCCUCUGAAAAAGUAGUAAUUAGUCAACCUUCAUUGUAAACGGUGCUGAAAACAACGUACCGAGUGUUGACCGAUUGUGCAAUACAAGGUAGAUAUGAUAACCCCAUAGGGAAACGAGAGAAAUGGAAAACAUUAUCGAUACGAAAAAAAGAAAAAGAACGUGGAAUCUGCCGGUGCCCGAAACUUCAUUCUGUAAAAAAAAAAAAAAUUGAAAAUUAAAAUUCGAAAUGUCGUUUCGAUGACCUUUUAUGGCAAGCAUUACCGGUACUUUCCAGAACUGGAUAAAGUAGGGCAGUGACGUAAAUGCAACAAAAAUACAGUAGAUGAAUGCAUAUCCCAAGAAAAGGAUGAAAAAUUUGUAAUUCUUGAAUCCAACACAAUUGUUAACCCAUGGACAGUGGUGAUCCAUUUUUGUAACACACACACCACAAACACUGCAAUGGUGACACCGAUCGGGCUUGAUAUGGACACACUUUUCACAGUACCUUGCUAAUAAAUAUUUGAACAUUGUUACUUUCGUAAGACUAACUCAUCUAUAACCAGAAAGAACUUACGUCCAAUCGGUGUUCUUGUCAAUGCCGGCAAAUUUCUUGCAAUUUGUUCAAGUAUUUGCUGAUGUGCUUCUAAACCUUCUGCUUGUUCAAACCUUUCUAGGUCUGCAGCUGACAGCCUAAACUAUUUAUCAAUGAUAAUUUUGAACAAACGUCUUUUAUUUCAAUAUAGUGUGAAAUGGGUGUUUACUUGUUUGGGAACUGUCCCAACUGGGGUAAAUAUGGUUUGCCAAUAUGACCAACCAAGCAUCACCAAUAAAACAUGGUAUAUCACGAGGUAAAAAACUGGGAAAAUAAAAAAGUGAAAUUUAUUGCACAUGUAUGAGAAAGUCUGUAAUAUAAGAUAAACUAUUACCUUGCUGGACAACUGAUACAGAAAAAUCUGCAUUAAAACAAAUCAGAGAAAAGUUUAAUGUACCAAUUAAGUUCCGGGACUUUUGAGAAUAUACUUACUGAAGCAAAGUUGAACAACAUACGCGUAGUAACUCCAUACUAUGACAGUAACUAUAAAAACAACCGGAAUCCAUUUUAGGGCAUUACCACACGCCACACAACUAUUGACGAACUUGUUCACUCCAGCCAUUUUUUGCGAAUUCUAAUACUAAUACAAAUACUUAUAGAUGAAAAACGUGAUGAAGAUGGACACAUUGAUAUCAAUAUUUUCCAGUUAAUGAAUACAAACAGAAAACUGACAGUUCAUUUUAGUGCUCCCCUAAGUCUCUAACACUAGUCCCAAACUCCCAAUAAUACCUGAAUGAAAGCGGCAUAGUUGCCAGAUGACAAAAUCAAAGGAAAUUCGCCCGAUGAACACAAAAUUUCAUAAGGUAGUCUGCGUUCUACGAGUUCACACCUGUGUCUGUGCUCUGUGUCCCCUGUCUGGUAAGGAAGAUUAUCUCAAGAUCUAAGACCUUCGACUGAUGAAAAGAAUUAAAAUGAUCGUUAACCUGUUAGAAACUUUUUAAAUCAUGAUGAAGUUGUGAUUUUCGAAGGAAAGGCUGGUUGUAGCGAGCGAUGUGUAGGAUUCAGGACGAUUAUGAAUAACAGUCCUAACCUGCUUCAUGGAUACUUUUUCUUCUGAACACGUGGUGUGAAAUAUUUUUUCGGCGCGCUCCGUGGUGUGGUCACAGUUGUCUUUUUUAAGUUUCUUUCGUUUAUUACCAAGCUUUGUAACGGCAAUUAGAGUAUUCAAAAUCGAAAGUGAAAAUUGUCAAAAGAUUGCAAAUUUCCCAUUAUUAAAGACCUAGCUCUUUAAUGGAGAUGUCUUUCAUGAUAAACUUCUGCACUUUUCCAGUCACAGUGAGGGGAAAUUUGUCUUUAAACACCCAGUAUCGAGGAAUUUUGAAAACAAAAAUUCUUCAGUUCAAGAGGAUCUACAGUAGCCUGGGACUUAAUUCGAACCCAAGCACAAAUUUCUUCACCUAGUCUUUCAUCAGGCACCCCUAUAACCUAACUCAUUAAAAAAAAUGUGCAAGCAGAGGAAUACCAACCUUUCGUGAUGGAUUGCUUUGAUUGCCUCCUUUGCGCUGAAGACAGAACUUGGAAAAACGCAGGUUGCUCCAUGUGAAGCUGCGGUUAAUACGCCAACCACACAUCCAGCGCAAUGGUACAGUGGAACAGGGACACAAAUCGUUUGGAGCUGUAAUCAACAUCACCUUGUUCCAGUUAAUUAGUUUAUCUGAGAAACCUAUCAAUACCUCGAAGAUAACCCGUCAGCAUGGCGUCUGCGGUGACUGCGUUUGCAGCAACUGGUUGAAUUUCGUGUUUACAAACAGCUUUUCUCUCAAGGCACAGUGAUACUAACAGUAUGGUUUUGCAACUUUACUUCUAUUUUUAAAUGCCUAUGCUGGUAGCACUGAGUGGUAGUUGCUUAACCUUCGGUCGACUCUCCGCAACGCUACCGUCGUGAAGGGUGCAAUAACUUUUGAAUGCCUAACUAUGGAGGAAACGAAAUUUAUUUGCGAUCAAAGCAGAAACAAGGACGCAUUGCAUCGUGGAUCAAAAGAUGUAUCAGAAGUGAAAUAAAAGAACAGGUGACAACAAUGUGAGAAUACCGAACUAUAGAUUUUAUUGGUUCGGAAGGGGGUGAAUAGGGUUUCGUCAUUUUAUGUUAGAAGUCGCUUGGGACGAUUCAAUGUGACCAUAUGACAAGCUACAAAAUUCUUUGCACCAUUUAGAAGAUCCGCUCUUUAUGUUUUAAGAUCUAAUUCUUUUAUAGAAAGCUCUCUCAUAACGAAUUUUUGUACUUUUCCAGUCACCGUAAGGGGAAAUUCCUUUUUAAACAUCCAAUAUCUAGGAACUUUAAAAUAGGCCAUCUGUCAUUUUCAACACAAACAUAUUAGUUAUAAACUUGUGAUAUAAUUUAUGGAAGUAACUAAUAAUUACCCUUUCUGCACAGAAGUUCUUCAACUCGAUAGCAUCGGCAGUAGUCUGAGACUUGCAACGGAUCCAAACACAGAUUUCCUCACCCAGUCUUUCAUCAGGAACUCCUACAACCUAUUUCAUAAAUUCAAAAUUUCAAUGUUUAUUUAAGAUUUCGCCUGGAGUGUUGAUAGGUAGGAUUUCAUUGGUCGCAGGAUCGACGACUUUUACCUUCAAAUUCAACCGUUAUCUAUGAAGCAAGUUGGAUGUAAAACAAGCACGUUACCUCGACGUGUUCGCAAGGAUAGCCAACAGUGGAGCACCGUACCUCAAAACUGUCUGUCGGUAACGUAACAAACGUACCUGGGCUGCAUUCCGUCAUUCCGUACAAAAUCUUUGUGGGAAAUUUAAGCAAUUAAUCAUUAUCUACGACCAUUAAAUCCAUAAUACCUGUGGACAGGCUUUUCAGGUCGUAUUGUUUCAAAUCCGGCAAGCUUAGGAUGUCGACAAACAUGGUCGGAGUUCCGUACAGAGAUGUGCAUCUUCAAUGAAAUACGCUGAAGACAGGACUGGGAAAAACACAAGUAGCCCCAUGUGAAGCAGCAGCCAGCACCCCGAGACCGCAUCCAAAACAGUGAUAGAGUGGAACAGGAACACAGAUGGUGUGCGGCUGACCAAGGAAACUACGGUUGAAAACUACUGCCAAUCAAUCUCGCAAGCAUUUAUACCUUUUGGUGAUACCCGACUCUCAUUCCAACAAGUAGGCAAAAUGAUAAAAAAAAAAAUGGUGGUCUACCGAAGUGAACUGAAUGUUAGCCGGUUCAUCCACCUGAAUCUUUCGCUGGAGAUUAUUGACUUCAGCGAUCAGAGCUGGAGUGGCCAAAUCCAUCAAAUCCUGCCAUCGUAAAGCUCCACUAUAAACAAGUUAAGUACCAGAGGGCUUGAGAUUAGUAAUUCAUCGACAAGUUCUUGUUGAUUAUUGGUGCAGGAUGUAUAAAGCUGUGGAACUAUCUGACGUAAGAUGUCCAUGAGAUUCGUUUUUCGAAACGUCUUUGCCACAACCAAGGCUUUGACUCCAACUUUGUUUAACGCAUACUGUAGUUCUCCAGCCUGGUACGCCGGAUUUAUAUUCACCUGAUACCAUUCAUACGAAUUAGGUCCCCAAAUGCCAAUCCGAUCGCCACGGUUUAAUCCUAAUGAGAGAAGUCCAGCAGCUGCCUUAUCUGCCUGAAUGGAACAGUGCUUACUUCUAGUCAAGUUCGAAUAUUCACUUAUUCUUACAUCAAUCAGCACUUGAUGGAACGUAGUUCUGAUGUCUUGGUGAACAAAUACGGCAGCUGUUCGGUCUCCAAACCGAUCCGCAGCUUGUUGCAACAAUUGACCCAAAGUUAGCCUGAGCAAAGUUCGAAAUAUGCCAAUCCCACUUCGAGCGAUCCGAUAAUUUGUCGUGAAUUCAUCCCAUCUUCCAUCUUUGAAGAAGAAUCGCAGGAUACCAAGAUUGACAGCAAGACGCCAGGGAUCAUAAACCAAUGACAGACAACCACGUUGGAUUGUUCCUUCGUGAUAAAAUGUAUCCCCGCUCCCUCCCUACAGUGGUAAUUGCAAAAAAAGAAAACAUGUAGAGAAUGGUCAAAUGCCAAUACAGCAUCAAACAACA